UGUUAUUAUUCUUUAGUUGAGUUUGUACUUAGUGGAUGAGCUUAAUUUUGGAGAACUGUAAUUGUAACUUUUAUUUGCAUUCAAGAAAUAAUCAUUUAGAUAUUGUCAAUUAAAGCCGAACCAAAUAUUAUCCUUAUCUAAUCAAUAAUAUCAUUAUCUUUUGCAUCUGCCCUUUGAGUAGUUUACGGUCAUCAAAUAUGUUGCGAUCGUUUGCCUCAAAGAUAUCCAGGAUUAGUUUAGCCGGAUCACGUUCUUUCAGUAAUGCUCCCGACAAGUUGGUCGUCGCCGAGGUUGAUGACAAGACAGGUUAUGCGACCGUCACACUGAAUCGACCACCGGUGAACAGUCUCAAUCUAGAGUUACUCACUGCCAUUUCAGAAACGUUAGAUGACUUACAAAAUAACAAAUCGCGAGGAGUAAUACUGACCUCGUCAUCCAAAACAGUUUUCAGUGCUGGGUUAGAUAUUAUGGAGAUGUAUAAGCCAAAACCGGAAAGACUGAAGGCAUUUUGGUCCACCCUGCAGGAUGUCUGGUUCAAACUGUACGGAUCACCGUACCCAACAGUGGCCGCAAUCAAUGGUCAUGCACCGGCAGGUGGCUGCUUACUUUCAUUAUGCUGUGAGUAUCGUAUCAUGUGUCCCAACUACACGAUCGGUUUGAAUGAAACACAGUUAGGCAUUGUCGCUCCGUCAUGGUUCCAGGCUGCUAUGCGAAACACAAUCUCCAGGCGCGAUGCUGAACUUGCUUUGACUCUGGGUACUCUUUUUUCUACAGACGAAGCGUUGAAGGUUGGGCUGAUUGACGAAAUUGCGAGUAACAAAGAGGAAGCUUUGGCGAAGGCUGUCGGCUUUUUAGAUAGGUUCAAAAAAGUUUCUGCGCAAGCAAGAUCAAUGACCAAACAAGCACUAAGAAGUAAGGAUAUCAUGGAAUUGGAAGAUAACCGCUCACAGGACAUCGAUUUGUUCGUGUAUGCAGUUACUCAACCGAAAGUACAACAAAGUCUCGAACUUUAUCUUGCUGCAUUGAAGAAAAAGUCGGCUAAAUGAUGAUGCUCGUUUAGUUCACGUUGAUUUCUGUAUUUUGUAUCUUUAAAACGAAGAGUUUAUAUUUUGUAAA